AUGAAUAAACAAAACGAGGCGACCAGGCCGAAAUCCGGCAAGACGCGCUCGAAAACCGGCUGUCGCACGUGUCGCAUUCGCAAGGUCAAGUGCGAUGAAGAGAAGCUCCGCGUUGGAGGCCAGCCAGAGCCACACUGUCGGCGCUGCUCGGCUGCUCGCAUCCGCUGCGAAUGGCAGGGACCAACGCCGGGGAGGAAGCCAGCGAAAUUAAGCCCACGGCGUACAGCAGGUGGUCCAAGCAAGCAGACACUGGUCCCGGUUUCAAGGGAUCGGACGUCAUCGUCGGCAGCGUUAAUACCCCUGCAGCCGAUCUCACUAGGCAGCUCGGGAAGUGUCCUACAGGCUGCCAACUCCCUUACUUUAUCGCCCUUUGAUCGUCUUUGCUUGGACUAUCUCCAGGAUUCGGCGCUUGUCAUCGCGCUUGGAAAGCACUGGCCAUGGUCUACGAUAUCCUAUGCGUAUCAAAAAAUUGCGGUCAAACAGCCCAUGCUCAUGAGUGCCAUCCUGGCCAGCACAGCGAGCGAAAUCCACCAGUCUCGGCUGCACGGCCAAGAGCGUCUCAGUAUCUCUGCAGGCGUGGAUUCAUCCGAUAUUGACGGUAGAGUACACUACGGUCGCGCCCUGGCUGGACUCCGCGAGGCCUUGAAGAAUAACGAGAGGUCACCUGAAAAGGUCGAGGCCAUCUUCAUCACUCUGUGGCUGCUGAUAGACUACGAGAACCGCUUUGGGAAUGGCGCCGAGGCGAUAAAUAUCCAUAUUCGCGGCAUCCAUAGUCUCCUAGUCGAUCACGUUGUUCCGUCAUUGAAGGAUGGAGACCAAAAGGCCAUCAGUUUCGAGCCUGAGACAAGUGUCAUCCUAUCUGGAACCUGCUCUGAUGGGGAUCAGUCUGUAAGGUCCCGGAACCCGGUCGGUGAGAGAGACGUGAUUCGUGCCAACCUUCGCCAGACGGCUGUGCCUUUAUUCCUGCUAUGGACCCUCUACUUCUAUACGCCAGGGGCGGUCUUCAGGGGCCCAGAUGCUACGAUCAUAGAUAAUAGCCUGUGCCGCUUAUUCCUCCAAGGGGAGACGGGGAUCGAUGGUUUAACUUUGGAGGAGCUAUACAGAAUCAGUCGGCAAUCACCCUCUCGGUACUGGGGCGAUACCUACCCAGCAGCCGCCAAGCUGGAUGAUCUUGAAAACAUGCCUGGCUUGAGAUUAUACCAUCACAGCCAUAUACUGAAGUUCAGGAUUGGCGAAUUAUUCAAGAGCAACCCGACAGGGCUAGAGGAAGAGAUUUACAUCCGGAUCGUCGACCAGAUCAUCAGUAUAUCAGAGGAAUACGACGUCAUCCUCUCAUCAGCCAAAACAGCGCAUUCCUGCGACGUGGGCAGCGACGGCCGUCGCGUCAUGGAAACCAUGUACUGGGCAUCCAUCGCCUUCUACGGCACAAUCGUCUACUUCUAUCUCUGUUUUAGAAAUACACACUCCAACUCACGCUUAAUGCCCCUCGAGACGGCAGUCUCACAUGUAUUGGAACUGUCGCUACGGCUUCACCGGAGCAGACCGCGUCUGAUACUUCGAAUCCCCUGGCAGCUUUUCCUUGCCGGUGUUGCGACACGCGACCGGAUUUACCAGGAUUGGGUGUCUAUUCGUCUACGAGAGCUGGGAUGCUACGGCAGGAACUUUGUCCGGUUGAGUGAUCGGUUUGAUGAGAUCAUUCGGGGUGGUGAUCCAUUGGGGUCUGUGAAAUAUUUAGGCACGUUGCAGGGGGCGAUGGCCUAG